AUGUUUUCACUAUCACAAAGGUUUCAAACAUUGGGUAAUCAAGCCAUUACCUACGGUCUUUUCAUUAGCGUUUUCAUCGCAAUUACUUCUUGGUUUCAAUUGCAAUCACAAGAUGCAGAUUUGGUACCAUCUACAAUUGAAUCCAUUAAACCAUCUUUAAGCUUUCGUACCAGUAGGUAUUACGGCUCAGUCAAUGGUAAGCCAAAGGAGAAUGCAAAGAUUACCUUUGAUUUAGAAACCGAUUUGACACCACUUUUCACUUGGAAUACAAAGCAAGUAUUUGCGUACUUAACAGCAGAAUACGAUGGUAAAAAUACUCAUAACGAAGUUGUGUUUUGGGAUAAGAUUAUUACAUCGAAGGAUGAAGCUCACUUGAAGGUUAACGGUGCUAAAUCGAAAUAUAACAUUUGGGAUGCUCAAGAUAAAUUGAGCGGUAAAGAACUAGAAUUCAAACUGAAGUGGAAUAUUCAACCUUAUGUGGGGCCAUUAAUUUAUGGCGAAACAAUUGGGUCAAAAGACGUAUUGGUACAAUCAGCAGCCGCUGAUGAUGACAACAAAUAG